GCCUCCGGCGACCGCCCCCCACCCCACAGCUGGGACCCACUUCUCCCGCCCCAGAUGUGGCGGUGACGCAGCCGCCGGAGCCCCGUGCCAUCCAUCUCGGAGUCAGAGGGGUCCAAAGUCUCGGACUCGGGAGUCUGGAAUUUCUGCACCGCUUCUUGAGAGACCUCGAAGUCCAGGCCCCCGCGACCCUACUCAAGGACCUCAGGUGCCCAGCGCCCCCUCCUGGGGGAGCCAGGAGUUUGGGACGUCAGCCCCUCAGGACCCGGGAGGCCGAGCGUCCGGCACCCGCGUUAGAAGAACUCGGGAUCCCCGAACUCACAUCCCCUCCAAGAGUUCAGAAAUCCGAGCCACGGUCCCGGGUUGGAGAAACUUGGGAUCCGGACCCCUAGCGCCCCAGCCAGUCUGUUUGGGGCUGCGGCAAGCACCACUUCAAGGGGACCCAGGAAUUCUGGACCCCUUGCGCUCCGCCUCGAGGUUGCUGCUGCAGUGCUGCUGAGCCAUGCCUGAGGGAGCCCGCGGACUGAGCCUGUCCAAACCCGGCCGUGGCCCCAGCCCCAGCCCCGGGUGCAGUCACAGAGGUCAAGCCUGUGAGUGCCCAGCUGUGGGUGAGACUCCGACAGCCCCUGCAGCCCCCGCCAUGGCUUCCCCUCGAGGUUCUGGGAGUUCCACAUCCCUGAGCACUGUGGGCUCUGAGGGAGACCUGGCUCCAGGGCCCAGCCCAGCCUGCUCAGCCUCCAGGCCAGAGCCCCUGCCAGGUCCCCCCAUUCGCCUGCAUCUGUCACCCGUUGAGGUCUCUGGUUCGGCAAAACCCUCGAGGCUGGAGCGUGUGGCCCGUGAGAUUGUGGAGACAGAGCGGGCCUAUGUCCGGGACUUACGCAGUAUCGUGGAGGACUACCUAGGUCCCCUGCUGGAUGGCGGGGUCCUGGGGCUGAGCGUGGAGCAGGUGGGCACCCUGUUUGCCAACAUUGAGGACAUCUAUGAGUUCAGCAGUGAGCUCCUGGAGGACUUGGAGGGCAGCCGCAGCGCAGGGGAUAUUGCUGAGUGCUUCGUGCAGAGGAGUGAAGACUUUGACAUCUACACGUUGUACUGCAUGAACUACCCCAGCUCCCUGGCCCUGCUCCGGGAGCUCUCGCUGUCUCCACCAGCGUCCCUGUGGCUGCAGGAGCGCCAGGCCCAGCUUCGUCACUCACUGCCCCUGCAGAGCUUCCUGCUGAAGCCCGUUCAGCGCAUCCUCAAGUACCAUCUGCUGUUACAGGAGCUAGGCAAGCACUGGGCAGAGGGCCCUGGUGCCGGAGGCCGAGAGAUGGUAGAGGAAGCUAUUGUGUCCAUGACAGCGGUCGCCUGGUACAUCAAUGACAUGAAGCGCAAGCAGGAGCACGCAGCGCGCCUCCAGGAAGUGCAGCGGCGGCUGGGCGGCUGGACUGGCCCGGAGCUCAGUGCUUUCGGGGAGCUGGUGCUGGAGGGCGCCUUCCGAGGUGGUGGAGGGGGUGGCCCCCGGCUGCGAGGGGGUGAGCGGCUGCUCUUCCUGUUCUCACGGAUGCUGCUUGUGGCCAAGCGCCGGGGGCCAGAAUACAUCUACAAGGGCCACAUCUUCUGCUGCAACCUGAGUGUGAGUGAGAGUUCUCGAGACCCUCUAGGGUUCAAGGUGUCCGAUCUGACCAUUCCCAAGCACAGRCACCUGCUCCAGGCUAAGAACCAAGAAGAGAAGAGGCUGUGGAUUCACUGUCUCCAGCGCCUCUUCUUUGAGAACCACCCUGCCUCCAUUCCUGCCAAGGCAAAACAAGUUCUCCUGGAGAACAGCCUGCACAGUGCUCUGAAAAGUAAGACUGUCCCAGAGCCUCUUACACCCCCCCUCGGGUCUCCCCAACCUCGGGAUGCUGGAAAUUUCACCCCUGGCCGAAGGAAUACAGCUCCAUCCCCAGGGCUCUCUGCUGCUCGUCGUGGCCGCAGGCAGUCUGAGCCAAUGAAGGACCCGUAUGUCAUGUUUCCACAGAACGAUAAGCCUGGAUUCAAGCAUGCUGGCAGCGAAGGGGAGCUGUAUCCCCCCUCAGAAUCGCAGCCAACAGUCCCAGCUUCUGGACCCCCUGAAGACCUGGAGGAUGCUGGGCCCCCUUCACUGGACCCCUCUGGAACCUCAAUCACUGAAGAAAUCUUGGAACUGCUAAACCAGAGAGGCCUCCGGGAUCCUGGGCCAGCAAUCCACGACAGUCCCAAGUUCCCCAGAGACUCCCAGGUGCCAGGCGACAGCAAACCGCUCACAUUCCAAGCCCUGCCCAGCCGGGACUCUUCAGAAGAGGAGGAGGAAGAGGAAGAGCUGGAGAUGGAUGAACGGGAACCUUCUCCACUCCACGUCUUAGAGGGGCUUGAAAGUCCCAGUGCAGCUGAAAUUCCCGACAUUCCCAGUCUUACUAAGAUUCCUGACAUACCUAGCCUCCCCGAAAUUCCCGAAGUUCCCUGCCUUCCUGGUCUCUCUGACAUUCCCAGUGUUUUUGAAAUGCCCUGCCUUCCAUCCAUUCCCAGUGUGCCUGACGUUCCCAGUCUCCCCAGCGCUCCUGCUCCCUGUGACUCCUGGCUCCCAUGCCCUCUGCAGGAGCCGGCCGAGGCCUUAGCCCUCAGGAGAGAACUAUUCCCUAGAAGCAACCCUGGGGAGCUGGGAGAGCCUCCCUCGGAAAGCAGGGCAGGACAGGAGCAGGAAGGAGAAGGGAUAUCAUUCCCAGAUUUCCAGCCCCAGGAUGUCACCCAAGCUCAGGGAUUCCCAGAUGAGCUGGAAUUUCGCUCUUGCUCAGAAAUCCGAAGUGCAUGGCAGGCAUUGGAGCAGGGGCAGCUGGCCCGGCCAGGCUUUCCAGAGCCACUGCUGAUCCUGGAGGAUUCGGAUCUAGGUGGAGGCAGCAGGAGUGGGAAGGCAGGAGCCCCGCACUCAGAGCGGGCAGCAUCCCGAGUACGAGAGCUGGCCCGGCUUUACAGCGAGCGGAUCCAGCAGAUGCAGCGGGCUGAGACGCGGGCAUCAGCCAAUGCCCCUCGCCGCCGGCCUCGGGUCCUGGCCCAACCCCAUCCAUCCCCAUGCCUGCUCCAGGAGCAGGUCGAGCCAGGGCCCCGGCCUGCCUUUGGACAUGUGCUGGUAUGUGAACUGGCCUUCCCACUGACGUGUGCCCAGGAAUCUGUCCCCCUGGGCCCUGCUGCCAGGGUUCAGGUGGCCGCACCUUUAUCUAGCCUGGGAGGCCACCUGGAUGGCCAGAGUCUAAAUGUUUCAGAUUUGCCUGAGCAAGGCCAUCUGGGCAUUCAUGCUCCCACUGUUGCCCCUUUACUUGGGCAAGGAAGCCUCCAGAAUGUCCCCGCUCCAGCUGCAUCACCUUUGCCAAAGCAAGAAGGCCCUCUAGCCAUCCAGGCCCCAGCUGUUCCAGCUGUGUCUGAUGAAGGCCACCUGGAAAUCCAAGUUCCAGCUACCACUUCUUUGCCUGCACAGAGAAACCAUGUGGAUACUCAGGUUCCUUCCGCCACCUGCCUUCCUAAGCAAGGGCGCCAUGUGAACGUCCAGAUUCCAACCAGCACRGCAUGGCCCCAGCACAGAAGUUGCUCUGAUGUCAUGGUUUUAGCCAGCAGCCCUUUGCCCAGGCAAGAAGGCCACCUGGAUAGCCAGAACCCCACCAGCAUCCUCAGAACUGAACAGGGAGGUGCCAGGGCUGAUCAGGGCUCAGCCAGUGUCUGUGUCCAAGCUGUCAACCUUUUGCUGACACAUGAGAACAGCUUGGACCAUCAGAUUCCAGCCAACACGCCACUUGCUUCGUCACGUCACCUCCCAGACACUCAGGUUCCAGGUACCUCACCUUUACCUGCACAUGGAGGCCCCCUGGACCAUCCGCUUCCUGCCAGUGCUCCACUGUCUUUCCUCCAAGAACCCCCAGACAUUCAGGUUCCAGCUGCACCCCCCUCGCCCCAGCCACAAGACCUCUCGGACACCGGGGACACCGGGAACCAGGCCCUCCCCCCUUCGCUCAAGCAGGCAGGCCUUGGGGACGCCCAGGCUCCAGCUGCUUCCCCRCUGCUUCCAGAGCACAGCCUUGUGGACACACAGGCCCCCAAACUCACUCCUUUGUUGGGGCAGCAGAACCCCCUGAACAUCCCUGUUCUGGCUCCCACGCCUUUACCUGAGCAAGGAAGCUCUCGGGACGUUCAGAGCCUGGUGCCCACCCUGGUUCAGACCACCAUGGUUUUAUCCAAACCAGGAGGCCCUUCCAUGUCUCUGGAUGCCAGGUCAGAGUCUUCAGACUGCACCCCUCCCCACAGUCCCCCGCGCCCCACACGGCAGCUCCUGGGCCCCAAUGCAGCUGCCCUCUCAAGAUACCUGGCCGCCUCAUACAUCAGCCAGAGUCUGGCUCGGCGGCAGGGGCCUGGAGGAGAGGCCCCUGCAGGCACCCGGGGUCCCUGGUCUUCCUCUGCCCCCACUUCCAGGGCACCUUCGCCGCCACCCCAGCCCCAGCCCCCACCGCCCCCAGCCAGGCGGCUCAGUUAUGCCACCACUGUCAGCAUCCAGGUGGGGGGUGGGGGGCGGCUGCGGCCAGCCAAGGCCCAGGUCAGGUUGAACCACCCUGCUCUGCUGGCCCCCACCCAGGAGCCUGUGGGCCUUCGAAGGGCCCAGGGGACUCCUGAUGCCCCUUUCCACACAUGAGCCAUAUCAGGCCACCUAAAAGGCGUUUGACCAGAUGCCAUGUGCUCUCAGGAUCCCACCUGGAAGUUCCGACACAGGUCUACAAAUGGCUUCAGCUGCAUACCUGGGAUCUGCUUUCAUAAACGUCCCUUGCCUUGCUACAGCAGGGGUAGGGAAGAAGAUGUCAUUAAUAUUUUGUUAAUUAACAUGAAAUUAUGUGUGUUUUCCGGUUUGGGAGGUGGUGGGGGAUAAUAGGACCUGAUGAAUGGGAAGUGACACACAAGCCCGUGACUGGCGUACCUCUUCCAAUUCAUGAGCCUACCUGUGGGACCUGCUUAUCCAGCUAUUUCUACCCUCCUCAUCCUUGCACCCAACCAUCACCCAACCCAUGUCGCAUUCCAUUCCUCCCCCAGGCCACCUGCCAUCUCCCCUCCAUCCUAACAACAUCCAUCCAUCCACAUUUCCACCCUGACUCCAUACACCUCGCUCAGCCAUCUCCAGAUCCGUCAGCUGACCCAUCUGUUCCUCCCUAAUUGGGUUCUUCUGGGUCUUUGUACCACAAAACUUCAGAGAUAUGCCAGAACCAGGGCAGAUAAGGUUUGGGCCCUAGCAAAAGUGUCCCACAUCUGUUUGGUUUCUCUUAGCAACAAUCCUCCCCAGUAUGAAUAUCCCAAUUCUUUUGCUCCCCCUCACUUGGGACCUCCGCAGUUCUUCAACAGGCCCAUGUGGGAGGAGGCUCCCACAAAGUAAUUCAGAUUGUGGAAACAGAAGGCUUUUUAUGGUGGAGCCCUUCUCCCCCUCCUUCCUACAGUGGUAUGCCCGGUGAGAAGCCUAAUCUACACAGCUUGUUUGAUGAGAAUACCAGCUUUCAUCAAACACAUCUUGUGCUUCAGCAUGUUGUGUUUUUCUGUGGAAUUCUGAGGCACCCGUGUCAUGACUGUAAAUUCAGGCCCUAUAUUUAUUUACUUGGUGUGUGCCCUUCCUCUCUGAGCCUGUUCUCAUGUACAAAACGACUCAGGAAAGACCCUA